AUGUGGGCCACACUACUGGUCGGAGUCCUAGUCCUUUGCUCGACAGGAGCGGGGGCCGCAAAGAACGCUACCGAGGCAUCGCCAGGGGAAGAGCUUGUCAUAGCCAAGGGGAAACUGAUGGCUCCCAGUGUAGUCGGAUGAGCCAUCAAGAAAAUGCCUGAGCUCUACAAAUUCCUCAUGGAGCGCUGGGCCUUGUAUCAUAACCUAGAGUAUGAUUCAUCAGAGGACAAGAACCCCAGGUUAAUUUUCUACAACGAUAAAGAUGAGGUUGUCAAGACGGUUAAAGUGAAGAAGAUGAAGUUGAAGCAAAUCGAAAAACUGCUGGACUCUAUGGGCUUCUACAAGAGGUCGGCGAAGGGAGAGGAUGUUCCUGAAGAGUACCAGCACUUCCCUCUCAGGGCACCGCGAGAUGAACUGUAGUGACACCUUGUGGUCAAGCUUUGCCACUGCACUGCUAACAAUGACGGUCAGGACCCAAAGGCUUUAGCGCAAGCCAGGUCCUGACACUGAUGAAAUAAGCAUGCUGUUGCUGGCUGAAAUACA